AUGAACUGCCAGCCCCAUUUGGUCGACUCGAGCGGCAAGGUGCCGAUGGGUGUCAUGACGGGCUCACUGGCCACCCUGGGCUCGUUCGACCAGUGCCUCUCGGUGCGCCACGAGGAAGAAGAUGGAGACACAAUUGUGGGCAGAUACUGCACGCUGAACAUCCAGUUCCCGGGGCUGCCCAGGCCGUACAAGAACUCCUCGGAACUCAUCAAAGACCCCGAUUCGUUCAUGCACUGGGUCUACAACUACGGCAAGUGGAUCAAGUAUUUCCCGAUCCGCAUAGGUGUCUGCCUGCCAUCGCAUUGCGAGAAGGAGGACCUUGAGAAGCUCGGAAGACUCGUUGUGAAGAAGGCAAGGAUGAAGUCUUGGGUUGGAACCUGUGAAGUGGAGGGCCCCAAGGAGACCAACACCAUACAGCUGGUCGUCAUGAGCAUCCUGGGAGUGUUGGCAAUUUGCGUGUUGGUGGGGACGCUCGUGGAUCGCAUUUGGGGACCACGUGACGACUCCAAGAAGCCGCGUGGCGACGAAACACCACUGGAGUUCGCCCGGGACCUUGCUCUGUCGUUCUCGUUCCUGGCUAACACACGUAAGCUGCUCCAGCCGGCACGGCGUAGCUCCAGCCUCGGCGUUUUGCACGGGAUCCGCGUGGUGUCCUGCCUCUGGAUCAUCCUGGGGCACACGUACUUCCUCGGCGACAUCACCACUUUCGUGCGCUUCAAGAGGCUAAAAACACUGGAAGAGCUCAAUACUGACGUUCCAUUCACUGCCAUCGAAAAUUUUCUGCCAGUGGACACGUUCUUCUUCAUCAGUGGGCUACUAAUCGUGUACUCCAACUGGCCGAGAAUGGAGAAAAAGAAAGGAAAGUUGAACGUCAUUUCAUCUCUCAUUCAACGAUUCUGGAGGAUGACACCCUCGUACCUCCUGGUGAUGGCUGUCUUUUCGCUGCUGCCGUUGUUUGGAUCGGGACCACUCUGGCACGAGAUCAUGAACCCGCUGAUGAGGAACUGCGCAAAAUCCUGGUGGACAAACUUGCUCUACGUUAGCAACUAUCUGCCAUACGAUAGGAUGUGUCUUCUGCAUACCUGGUUCCAAGCGGUGAACAUGCAAUUCUUCGUCUUGGCUCUGCCUCUGAUGCUCUUCGUGUACAAGUGCUCGACCGUGGGCCUGGCGCUGUUGGUGACACUUUGCCUGAGCUCAUGCGUGGCGGUGGGCCUCAUCACCUACUUCUUCGACCUGCCACCGGCUCUGCUACUCAUGACUUCUGAGUGGAGCAAAGCAGUGCAGCAGCUCAACCUGCUGUAUUUCCAGCCGUUCACGCACUUCGGCCCCUUCUGUGUGGGCUUGCUGUGCGGGUACUACCUCGUCAAGAACAAGACAAUCACUAUGAGCAAGGUCACCCUGUGGGUAGGCUGGCUCUGUGCGCUGCUGUGCGGCCUAGUGUCCCUGUGGGGCGUGUAUCCGUUCCGAGCGGGCUUCGACGUGCACCCAGCGCUGGUGGCCUGCUACGCCGCCUUGCACAGGACCAUCUGGUGCACUGCCAUCGCCUGGCUUACCGUCGCCUGCCACGUUGGACAUGGAGGACUUCUCAACACGACGCUGGCAUGGGGCGGCCUGGUGCCCCUCAGCACCCUCUCCUAUCUAAUCUACCUGAUCCACCCACUGGUCAUCUACAUGCAUGUCGCCACGGCCAGGGAAAUUGUCAACCUUGAUCAAUUCAGCAUGUGCUACAGCUUCUUGGGGCACACGACAGUCUCCGUGCUGCUAGCGUACGUGGCGCAUGUGACGGUAGAGCUCCCGUUCGCCAACCUCAAGGCACUGCUGAUGCAGCGCCGGCGAGCUUCGCUGGCGCUGGCCGCCAAGGGACACCAGGCGCCACUGCAGGCGGUCGUGUGCGGACCCGCUAACGGGCACCGAACGGCCGCAGUGCCUCAGCCCGGGCUCGGACACGUCAACUGCGUAGCGUAGGCGCCACGCUCACCUGCAUGGAUGCCAUCGUUGUCUUCAUCGUCGCCUUAGCCGAGGGAGCACUUGUGUACGUCGAGGAAACGCCUACCUGAAACGUCGCGGAAGAAUGUGUGCUCUUUGAGGGGAAAAGAAAAGCGGUGUGCAUGGAGCCGUAUGAGAGUUGGAGGAGUGCUUGCGUCUUCACAUUGAACCAUGACUGUCAAUAAGCUGUCUCGUUUUUGAACGUACCUGUCGCACCGCCACCGUCUAAAAGAUAUCAUGGAUCCUGCACAAGACGACGCGUGGAUUUUAUGUAGGAUGAAAAAAAAGUUAUCUUUCCUUUUUCAUAUUAUACCCUCUGCUCAACCCUGCUGAUGACCAAGGGAGGAUUAUCUCUCGGGCGUCUAGAACACUGCCGUCCAAGAUUCACUAUUGUGCGGAAGUCUACUGUUCUCCAAAACGCGAAGAACUGCCCUCUUUCAAUGUCCAUUGUGAUAUCUGUGUGAGCUCAUGGUCAGAGCAGUCGCUGCCUUCUCCUACAUUGCAUGCCAUGUAAUGUACCGCUGAGCCCAGAGAAAGGAAAGCCAGGUUGUAGCUCAAAACAAUGUAAUUAGCGACAUCCGCAGCGUUAAACAGAAAACACGAAGCUUUCAUCCGCACAAAGACGAGUCAUUUCAGACAGUAUUUUCUACACUAGGCAGUCAGUUCGUUUAGCUGCAAUUGCGCUGAUUUUGUUACUGGUCUUUGAACCGCAUUUUAGUUGCACGAUGAUGCCCUUCAACCAAUCUUUUUCAACUCGGCUGUUCCAAGUUGGCAGCAUGGGGAAGCGCAAGUGGCGCUGCCUGCCCUUCAUGAAACGACUAUAUCGUAUUUGUGUCUGUUUGUAUGCAUGGUGCUGCAUGAUCACGUUUUGCCACGAAAGAAAAAGACUGGGCUUGGUUUACGGUCUACGUGACCACAGUGGUACUUGUGUGUGACAAAGAUGGGAACAGGAAAUGCAGGGAGUGGUUAGCCAGGUGUGAGUAUCCGGUUGGCUACCGGCACCGAAGAGAAUGGAAAAGGGAAUUUAGAAAGCCGGGAUAAUCGCGCUUUGUCAAUAUAGCAUCCUAGGCAAUAUGUAUUUACUUGAUGCUCACACUGUUCAGGUAUUGUAGUAGGCUGUAGUAUAAGGGAAGACACUACAUAUAGAACGCAAUAUUCGGGAGAAGUGUCACAAUCUGUUCAUCACCAAUGAAACUGCACGCAUAAGGUUGUUGCAUAACAGACGGGAGACCAUCAAGAAGGCAUCGUCAUCCUGCGUUCUCUCGGGAAAACUGUUAGACAUAAAGUGUUUUAUUAUUAUUAUUUUUUUGUUGAAGAUCACCUUGAGUCUGUGUUAUGCCCGACAUUUGUGAUGAAGCAGGUCUGUUUCAAUUCAUUGUCCAGGGGUCUGCAGGUGAAAUUGUACGUGAUUUCGAUGGUUCUCAUCUGCUUUGUUGUUAUUGAGCAAAUAAAUUUUCUUUCCUGG